ACGCGGCCACCUGUGAGCCUCCCGCAACUGCAGGCAGCCGUGGUAUCUCCGGCCGGAGACAGGAGACGCUCGGCGGACCCCGCCCGCCCGCCGGGCGCAGACACAGGCGCACACACACUCGCAACCGCGCGCACACGCGCAUCCAGCCGGCAGCGGCGGCCACAGAGAUGCUCGCCGGCAGGUCGGGGAAGUUUCCCGCCGGCCUCGGCCGCGGGCCCCCGUGCUCGCAGGUGUAGCGCCCCCGCGCGGCGCGGGCGGCAGGGCGUCUCCAGCAUGACUGGCCAGAGCCUGUGGGACGUGUCGGAGGCCAACGUCGAGGAUGGAGAGAUCCGCAUCAACGUAGGCGGCUUCAAGAGGCGGCUGCGCUCGCACACGCUGCUGCGCUUCCCGGAGACGCGCCUGGGCCGCCUGCUGCUCUGCCACUCGCGUGAGGCCAUUCUGGAGCUCUGCGAUGACUACGACGAUGUCCAGCGUGAGUUCUACUUUGACCGCAACCCGGAGCUCUUCCCCUACGUGCUGCAUUUCUACCAUACCGGCAAGCUUCACGUCAUGGCGGAGCUGUGCGUCUUCUCCUUCAGCCAGGAAAUCGAGUACUGGGGCAUCAACGAGUUCUUCAUCGACUCCUGCUGCAGCUACAGCUACCACGGCCGCAAAGUGGAGCCCGAGCAGGAGAAGUGGGAUGAGCAAAGCGACCAGGAAAGCACCACGUCCUCCUUCGAUGAGAUCCUGGCCUUCUACAACGACGCCUCCAAGUUCGACGGGCAGCCCCUGGGCAACUUCCGCAGGCAGUUGUGGCUGGCGCUGGACAACCCUGGCUACUCGGUCCUGAGCAGGGUCUUCAGCGUCCUGUCCAUUCUGGUAGUGUUAGGGUCCAUCAUCACCAUGUGCCUCAACAGCCUGCCGGACUUCCAAAUCCCGGACAGCCAGGGAAACCCUGGUGAGGACCCCAGGUUCGAAAUCGUGGAACACUUUGGCAUCGCCUGGUUCACGUUUGAGCUGGUGGCCAGGUUUGCUGUGGCCCCUGACUUCCUCAAGUUUUUCAAGAAUGCCCUAAACCUUAUCGACCUCAUGUCCAUUGUCCCUUUCUACAUCACCCUGGUGGUGAACCUGGUUGUGGAGAGCACACCUACCUUGGCCAAUUUGGGCAGGGUGGCCCAGGUUCUGAGGCUGAUGCGGAUUUUCCGCAUCUUAAAGUUGGCCAGACACUCCACUGGCCUCCGCUCCCUGGGGGCCACCCUGAAAUACAGCUACAAAGAAGUAGGGCUGCUCCUGCUCUACCUCUCUGUGGGGAUCUCCAUCUUCUCUGUCGUGGCCUACACCAUUGAAAAGGAGGAGAACGAGGGUCUGGCCACCAUCCCUGCCUGCUGGUGGUGGGCCACUGUCAGUAUGACCACUGUAGGGUACGGGGAUGUGGUCCCAGGGACCACGGCAGGGAAGCUGACUGCCUCUGCCUGCAUCCUGGCUGGUAUCCUAGUGGUGGUGCUGCCCAUCACCUUGAUCUUCAAUAAGUUCUCCCACUUUUAUCGGCGCCAAAAGCAGCUUGAGAGUGCCAUGCGCAGCUGUGACUUUGGGGAUGGAAUGAAGGAGGUCCCUUCCGUCAAUUUAAGGGAUUACUAUGCCCAUAAAGUUAAAUCCCUCAUGGCGAGCCUGACAAACAUGAGCAGGAGCUCACCAAGUGAACUAAGUUUAAAUGAUUCCCUACAUUAGCCAGGAGGACUUGGCCUCAAACCCACAUUGCUGAGCUGUCUCUUGUGCCUCGGGCGCAGUCCAGGCACCUUAGGGUUAUGGCGUAAGGAGUAUGCCCAGCCCCAAAGGGGAGAGAUGCAUGGGAUAUGCACCCCAGGUUACUUUCACAGUAUUUAGGAUCAUUUUUAGAGGGUGGUGUGUCUGACACCAUGCCUUUGCACCUUUCAAUGGAAUGACACUCACUGGUCUUUGCAUUGUGGGCAUAAAAUGUUCACUUUUCUGCCAGAUGAGUACCACCCAGAAUGCUAACUUUUCUGUUCUUUGUGUACUCUACUCUCGUGCUUGUGGCCGGUACUGUCUCUGAGUUGUUUGUGCUCCUGUUUCUGAGGCUGUCGUGUGAGUUCCUUACAAAAAGCCCCCACAAGUCUGUCCAGUGGAAACACAUCUCUGAGGUCAGCAAGAAUGUGAUGAGGUUUUGCUCACAGUCAUGUGAAAAAAAAAAUCCCCAUUCUCUAUCCAUGGCUUUCAUUCUGUUUUACUACCAAGACAGAGUAUGUGAAGGUAAGCACACAUGACUGAUACAAGUCUGUGAGUUGUUUUUAUAAGCGACCUGUAGCUCUGUGACUUGCACGGAUACCCUGCUCACUUUUAGAAUGAUGUACACUGAUGUUCAUCUCUUAAAUGUUGCUCUUUCUAGAGAAUGUUACCCUGUUAAACAUGUAGUGAAGAUUGACAUUUUUUCCCAAGAACAAAUGCAUUAGGGACAGGGGCUUCAGCUAAAAAUAGGCCAGAUCACAGGAUGCUUUCAAGUUAGACUUCCAUCUUUCCUAGGGUGGUUGUGGAGACAUUUCUUUCUGGCUGAGG